AGCUGAAAGAUAGGGAGCAAAGGCUGAAGAAGAAACUGAAUGUCGUCAAGUCUAUUGUAGACAAGAGUGCAUUUGGUUGGGAUCCUAAGAACAAAGUUCCAACGGCUCUAGAUGAAAAAUGGGAGGAGCUAUCAAGUGAACAACGCAAGUGGAGGCACAAACCAUUCCCGUACUAUGAUGUUCUAUAUGAAAUUCAUGAAGGUAAAAUGACAAAAGGCAAGCAUUGCAAAAGGACAACUAAUGGUACUGAAGAGAGGUACAAGAAUAUGUCCCAUUUUCCUGAAAAUGGAAGCUAUACUGAUGAUGUUAUGAGGGCUGCUAGUAUGGAUUCUCCUGAGGCAACACUAUCUGCUCCAGGGUCAGCAAUCCCAGAAUAUGACUGGGGCGGAAAUAUAUAUGGUGAUGAUGUUGAUUUAUCAUAUGGUGGAUAUUCAGAACCUUUAGGGGGUAAUGAAAAUCAUGUUUCAGCAGUAGAAGAUUUAACAAGUGUGGGUUCACCUCGAAGGAAGAGGCUUCGGAAUUCAAAAGGAUCUGAUGAUGGAAGUGACAAAACUAAGGGUAAAAGAGGCAAGGACAUUGUGUUGGCCAACUUGGUUUCUGUGAGGGAAGAAGAAAUGCAGACUUAUAAGGAAAUGAAGACAAAACAAAUUGACAGCUACAAGGAAAUCAAGAUGGCCCAAAUGGAAAGGAAUGACCCCAAAAAUGAUCCUUGUGGCAUGCCAAACUGUAUUCAGAAACUUAGAACAUUGUGAAGGAAAUAUGCCCUAGAGGCAAUAAUAAAGUUAUUAUUUAUUUCCUUA